AUGCAGGUGAGGCGAUUCAAACCUCAAUUAGUUGCCGUUAGAAAUGAGUCAUUAGUCGGUGAACUCAAGGAUGCUUUAGCGGAUGUGGAAGAAAAGUCAGAAAUGAUUCCUGGAGAGCAAGGGGUUAUCGAGGUUGCCCGCCACCCUGACGCUGUCACAGUAGUUACAGGAAUAGUUGGGUGUGCAGUAGCUGCCAUAGAAGCAGGAAAAGACAUUGCCUUGGACAUUAAAGAGACGCUAAUUGCUGGAGGUCCUUUUGUACUUCCUCUUGCACACAAGCAUAAAGUAAAAAUUCUUCCUGCAGAUUCCGAACAUUCAGCUAUAUAUAAAGAGACGCUAAUUGCUGGAGGUCCAUUUGUACUUCCUCUUGCACACAAGCAUAAAGUAAAAAUUCUUCCUGCAGAUUCCGAACAUUCAGCUAUAUUUCAGCUCAUUUGUGUUAAAUCAAAUUUGACCGUUUGUAAUGUUGUCGAUGAUAGGGAUUGGCCUGUUGAUAAAUUGAAAGAAGUGAAAGUAGCAGAUGCUUUGAAGCAUCCUAAUUGGGAUAUGGGGAAAAAGAUAACUGUGGACUCUGCCACCCUCUUCAACAAGGGUUUAGAAGUUAUUGAAGCUCACUAUCUUUUUGGGGCCGAAUAUGAUAACAUUGAGAUUGUCAUUCAUCCCCAGUCGAUCAUACAUUCAAUGGUAGAGACAGUGAUUGUACCUUUUGCUUUGCCCAAUUCAAAUAAUCACGCACCCGUGUCGUCUUUUAGUCAGUUGAUAGAGGAUUUGAUAAGUGGGGUGGAUUUAUCGGAAGUUGAAGCAGAGGCUUCUCUCGAUUUCUUGCUGAAUGGUGCUGAUGAAGCUUUGAUUAGUGCAUUUCUUGUGUUGUUGAGAGCAAAGGGAGAAACUUAUGAAGAAGUGGUUGGACUGGCUAGGGCGAUGAUAAAACAUUGUACCAAAGUGACAGGAUUGAAUGAUGUGGUUGACAUUGUUGGGACGGGUGGUGAUGGUGCAAACACGGUGAACAUAUCAACUGGAGCUUCGAUACUUGCUGCAGCUUGUGGUGCAAAAGUUGCUAAGCAAGGGAAUCGGUCAAGCUCGUCUGCUUGUGGAAGUGCUGACGUACUGGAAGCAUUGGGGGUCGCUAUCGACUUGGACCCAGAGGGGGUAUCGAGGUGUGUGAUUGAAGCCGGGAUUGGUUUCAUGAUGGCUCCGAUAUAUCACCCGGCAAUGAAAAUCGUUAGACCUAUCAGGAAAAAGCUGAAAGUGAAAACCGUCUUCAAUAUCUUGGGCCCUAUGUUAAAUCCUGCAGGAGUUCCUUUCGCUGUAGUUGGGGUAUACGAAGAAAAUCUAGUUCAUAAGAUGGCAAAAGCACUUCAACGGUUUGGCAUGAAGAGAGCAUUAAUUGUUCACUGUGAGGGCCUCGAUGAGAUCAGUCCCCUUGGUCCUGGACUAGUCCUUGAUGUUACCCCAGAUAAGAUAGAAAAGUUCUCAUUUGAUCCAAUGGAUUUCGGGAUCCCUCGCUGUACUCUAAAUGAUCUGAGAGGUGGAGAUCCAGAAUACAACGCAAAUGUAUUAAAGCUUGUGCUAUCAGGAGAAAAGGGGCCCAUAGCUAAUGCAUUGGUGCUAAAUGCGGCAGCAGCACUUUUGGUCAGUGGACGUGUUACCGAUCUGGCUGAAGGAGUGGAUCUGGCUCGUGAAACACAUCUGUCUGGCAAAGCUCUCGAGACCCUUGAUCUGUGGAAAAAUAUCUCCAAUAAAGAGAAAAAAGCUGCAUUAAGGGGUGCCCCAGUCCUGACAUGA